GGGGGCCAGCGCGCGGUGUGUUGAUGUUUUGGUAUUGUGUGAAGAGGUGAGGAGGAAACCUUCAUGCGAGCUGCACGUACUUUAAGGAAGAGGAAGAAGACGAAGGAGCGAGCAGCAGUCGUGUCUGACGUUGUCCUCGCCCACCGCCGCCCUGGUCCUCGAUAACUUCACCAUGAACAAAAGGAAAGUUAAGGCUCUCAUUGACUCGGACAGCGACGAUGAAGGCGGCAGCGGCUCGGAUAUUGACUCGGAGUUAUUGGCACUAGCCAAAAAGAAAAAAAAGCGUUCUGGCAGUGAAUCAUCAGGCGGCUCAUCUCCCAAACAAAAGACUGCACCUCAGUCAAAAGUUGCAUCUGACUCUGAUUCCGAAACCAGUGAUUCAGACUCUGAUUGGGAUGCUCCAAAGGGCAAAAAAAAGAAAAUGGGAAACAAAACAGCGGGAAAGACCAGGAACAAACGUGCAGUGGUUGCAAGAGACAGUGACUCAGAUGAAAGUCGACCUGCAAAAGGUAGUGGCUCUGAGACGGAAGAAGGAGAAGUCUCGGGCAGCAACAGUAGUGAUUCAGAAGUUGACUUGGACGAAGAAUUUGAUGAUGGUCUAGAUGAAAACAUGAUUGGAGAUGAAGAAGACAGAGCGCGCUUGGAACAGAUGACUGAAAAAGAGCGGGAGCAGGAAAUUUAUAAUCGAAUUGAAAAGAGAGAAGUGUUAAGAACUCGUUUUGAAAUAGAAAAGAAAUUAAAAUUAGCUAAAAAGAAGGAGCAGAACAAGAGAAAAGAAAAAGAAGGUGACAAGCCCAAGGAGAAAAAACAACCCGUUUUAACUGACAGAAAGAAAACACUGGAGGAAAGGGCUGGAAGGAAUGACAAAUUUGCUGCGUUAAAAGCAAAACGUGAAAAUAAAAUUCAGAAAGCUGAGGAGGAAAGACAAAAGAAGGAAAAGGAAGCUGAAGAGAAAAGAAGAAAGAAAGAAGAAAGGGAGAGAUCAGUUGACUCCGACUCAAAUGCAGACGAAGGAAAAUCUAAGCACAAACUUAAGGCUUCAGAAGUAUUCAGCUCGGAUGACAGUGGCUCUGAAAGUGAGAAAUCAACGAAAUCAGAAAAGUCUACCAAACGACGCUCAUCUUCUUCAUCUUCGUCUUCCUCUUCCGAUAGUGAUAGUGACUCCGGCAGCCCAUGUGGUGAGGAACCGGUGAAGCCAGGUGUUGGAGCUGCAUCCAAACUACCUGCAAAGGAGCAUGAUGCAAAGAGGGUAGAGCAAAAGAUUCUACCUUCUACUUCUUCCUCUAGCUCUUCUCCCUCUUCUUCCUCUUCAUCUUUUAGCGAUUCCAGUGACAGUGAUGUUUCACCUAAGAAGACGAAAGUUGGCAGAUCAAAAGAUAGUUAUCGUUCAAGGGAUGAGAAGCCCAAGAAUGUAACUUGCAAGGAGGAUCUUGAAAAAGUACGUCUAUCUCGUCACAAAAUGGAACGUUUUGUCCAUAUGCCAAUUUUCUCAAAGGCAAUUACUGGUUGCUUUGUCAGAAUAGGUAUUGGCAAUAAUCAAGGACUUCCUGUUUAUAGGGUUGCAGAAAUUACAGGUGUAUGUGAAACUGCAAAAAUCUAUCAAUUAGGUAAUACUAGAACCAACAAAGGACUGCGGCUUAAACAUGGAAAUCAGGAACGCGUCUUCCGUCUAGAGUUUGUUAGUAACAACGUCUUCUCAGAUUCCGAGUACAAUAAAUGGGUAGAGGACUGUGCAGCACAUGGAGCAGAACUUCCAAGUAUGGAGCAUAUUGAACAGAAGCAGAAAGAUAUCCAAGAUCUAUUAUAUUACCAGUUUAGCAGUGAGGACAUUGACAAAAUAGUGGAAGAGAAGGCUCGAUUUAAGAACAAUCCCACUAACUUUGCUGUAGCCAAAACGCUGCUGAUGAAGGAGAAGGAUAUGGCUGCACAGAAAGGUGAUGAUGAGACAGUGGAAAAGCUUAAUGAACAAAUUGCAGAGCUUGAUGAAAAAGCCAAUAGCCUUGAUAAACGAAGAACUCAAACCAUUUCGGCCAUUUCAUAUAUCAAUGAACGAAACCGAAAAAAUAAUGUCGAAAAAGCAGAAAAGGCCAUUAUGGCAGAAAUUGAAGCUAAGAAGGGUCUAAAGGUUGAGGAUCCCUUCACAAGACGUUCUACUCGACCGACAAUGGUGACAAAAACCAGAGAACCAGAAAUUCAGUCAUCGGAAAUGCUGUUAAGAGUGGAGAUGGAAAGAAGAAAGAAGAUGGAUGAAGAGAAAAAGAAAAAGGACGAGGAGCAAAACAAAAAGAAGCAGGAUGAAGAGAAGAAGAAAGAUGAAGAACGAAAAAGAGUACAAGCUGAAGAUUUAUUUGCAGCUCAUGAUUUUGAUGUCAAGAUUGACCUGGAUGUCACAAUGCCUGCUUCUGCUCCUCUUGGUCCAAGACAAACACUGGGAAAUGCAACAAAUGGCAGUUCCCUUGGAACAGCUCCUAAGAGGUCAUUAAACCUUGAAGAAUACAAAAAGAAAAAAGGUCUAAUAUGAAGGAUUUGUUUCAUAGGAAAAUAAUGAUUAUCGUAAUGAAUUAAUGAAUGAUAAACUCCCGGAGAAAAUAGGUUGACUUCAAUUCACCCUUGUAACAUUUACUUGAAGUGCUAAAAAUGUUUCAACCUAAGAAUUGCUUAAACAAAUUCGGGGGGGUGCUCCUAUUAUUGGUGGACUGUGCAUGUGGUUCAAAAAUGCAAUUUUUAUAGUAGUUAUUAUAUAUAUAUAUAUAUAUAUAUAUAUAAAGCAUCACAGUUGUGAAGAUCGGAAAGAAUUGUAAAAUUACCAUUUGCAAAAGUUUAUUGACACAUUUUUAUCGAUUUAAUGUACUGUAAUUGUCAAGUAAGCAGUUUUAGUUUCAUGAAAGAAAAAGAAUAUUGUAUAUUUCAAAACUAGCUCACUGGGGUUUAAAUUUCAUUCAUAUGUAUAUAUAUAAUUUUUUGAAAUGAGGACCUAGUGUUGUGGCAUUUGUAAACUUAAAAUGGAAAUAAAUUUGUAUUUCUUAGAAUCUUAUAUCAAUUUAUGAUCACUCAAUUUCUAAUAAUUUAUAUUAGUAAAAAAUCUCAUCUCAUUUCAUCAAUGGGCAUUGUGGGGCGUUACCUUCAUAUUUAUUUUGUACGUGUCCAUUUGAAGUUUAUUUAAAAUAUAAAUUGUGUUUUGCCAAUCCAUUGCAUUGUGUAAAUAAGCAAGGGGGUUUGUGUUUUAUUUAUUAAAAUCAUCUUGAAUUGGUUCAUGAAUAUUUUAAUGGUCAAGUCAUGGCUUUAUCCACAAACUUCAUACUCAUAUCAUUUUAGAUUUAAAAUGGCAUUAUCAUCUAUUGUACAUGGAAUGUUAAUUGGUGUAUAAAAUGUUAAGCUGGCGUGUGAGGUCUUUUAGAAAUAUUGUACGGAAGAGAACUGGAGUGGAAGUUGAAUUGCUUAUUUUGCCAUCAUUUCUUGUUGGGCCAGAACUGCAUUAUUCACAUUCAAAGCCAGUUUUGUUGUUUUACAAUACACGCCAAUAUUUUACAUUUUUUAUAUAGAAGAUGGUACGAUAGGUUGUUAUUAUAGGUUUUGGUGAUUGGUACAUUCUUAUUCAAACAUGAUAGCAUAUCAGUCAGUAUACAUUUUAAUGGGGGUGCAACCUUGGGAAAUAAUGUCAUUUGAUUAGUGUGGCGAACUAUGGCCGUAUUAGUGAAAUGCUUCAUAUACCAAAACAAAAGUGAAAAAAAAUAAGGACUCAAUAGGCUGACAUACAUCCUUUAAACUGUACAAUACUUGCGUACAGGUAUCAAAAUAUUUUUAAACGUGGUCAUUGGUGGGGAGACUAAUGGGUGCAGGUAUGAAUGCAAUCCCAAUCAAUGGCUUCAGUAUCACUAACAAAUUUAAAAAUUAAGUGUCAAAUCUUUUAUUACCAGCUACAGACCAAUGGAAAGUUGUAUAUUGGUUACAUUUUAUUGCUUAACUCAGUAUUUACUUUGAUUGCGCACAGGUUACAUCAGGCAUUAUCUGUAUGCGUACAGUAAAAUAAUAUUCAAAACAAGGUUUUUGUCUUCCUCUUAAUGUUAAAAACUAUUCCCUAAGCAUAGGUAAAUUGUCACAGAAAUUUAAAGUCACUUAAAUGUACCAGUGAGAGUUUCAAAUGUUGCAAAGUACCUAAAGCAGUUUUGGAUGUGACCACCAUGGGUCAAAUAUCUUGGGAUUGUAUGAACAUUUCAAGGGGUUAGUGAGUAGGAGCACAAAAAUAUAAAUACUCAUGAGUUUUUAAACUGAACUGUUAAUUUAAACCUUAUUUUUCUUCUUCUGUGAGAAGCUUUAUAUUAGAGGCAAAAUUUGAACCCGAGAUGCAUUCUUGGUUAAACCUUUUAUAGAGCAAAUUUAUGCAAAGUAAAGUUACCUUUAUUUUGGGAAAUUAUGAAAUGCUUUCAAAAAGACCUCCAAAUGUUAACUUUUUCCACGCUUCUCAAUAAAAUACCAAUAUGAACAACAUUGCUAAAUCACUGCCAUUUUCUAGCCACAACAGAUUAAAAAAAAAAAAAAAAAAAAUGGAAAAACAAAUAACCGAGGAGUUACGAGGCCAGAGCACUGUGCAGCAUUUAAAUUUUGAACACCAAAACAACUCUGAGCAAACAUUGUGCAUUUGAGUGAGACGACUUUCAUGCAGUUUGAUUUGUGGCGUUAACAGUCAUGAAGGUACUUUUUCACAUUCUAUGCAUUUACACACACACACACACACACUGACUAGUUUUUCUUAAGACUGGGAAAAAUAGCAAAUGAACCCAGUGGGUUUGGGCAACACUACAUGUGAGGUGAAAACACUAGGUUGAGCUUAAAUAUAUUUUAUGCUGCAUAGCCCAACAUUUUUGUCCGUAACCUGUUUAAUUUGUUUCCUAUGAAUAAACAAAAGAUUUGCA